UGUUUUGAUUGACAGGAUGCAACCACUUCCCUGCGCGAGGGGGGUGGGACGUUGGAAAACCUUACGUCCUAAACUCACAGCUGACCGUAAAUACACUUUUAGUUUAGUUUAACAGUACAGUUAAAAUCACAUCAUAAACACAAUAGUAUACACUCUAUUUAAACUGAAGCACGAAACAGCUAGGGCUUUCCCCACAAAAUCAACAUAUUGAUACAAUACAUAUUUGAAGUGUUGGGAAAUGGACGGUGUCCCAAACACUGACACAUGGGGCGAGCAUGAGCUGUCUUGUCGAAAGAAAACCGAAAGUCAACCACGUCAUUUAGGGCGGACCACUCACUUGUGCCCUAUAAAUACACACGCGCUCUAAUACAGUGCAUGAGUGUGAUUCAUAUCAUCCACAAGCUAACCUGGUCUCGCCAGUUUCUAGUGACUACUAGAACUUUCUGUCAUAGACAAGGAUUUUCACACAGAAUUUUCCAAGACAGAUUUCUUUACCCCCAAAAAUAGCAAAAAAAGGCGUUUAAAGAAAGAACAAUUUAGUUGGGCCAUGCUGGACCUGAAGAAGUACUUCACAGAUGGCCUGAUCCAGGUGGCUAUUCUUCUCAGUCUGGCCGGGAUGCGUGUGGACGUGGAUCCUUACCUGCCUCCUCUUGGCAGAACCUUAGCGGACCCUAGUUCAGCCGUGACACAGACUCAAUUCCAUAACCUUCGGAACGUGCUGGAUGAAUAUCAUCUACACCCAAAAAGCGUGGAUCUAGAUGGGUUCUUCACAGCCCGCAGGCUAUUGAGUUGGGUACGCUCCCUGGAUCAUCUGCAGGUGCCGGUAGCGGAGUUGGAAGCCUGGUUGGUAUACAGAGAGCCUGAUAAUGGAGUGUCCAUUCCAUCUCAGAUGGGUUUCCUUGAGGAUGGUGGUCUAGAAGAUGUGGAGGACCCCUCAGAGCUAAGCAUGAGGUUGGGCGGAGGAGAAUUGGAAUAUGACGUUGGAGAGGAUGACAGCUUUGGAGCUGUGGGACAUAUGUCAAGAAGUCUUACUCAUCCAGACCAAGAUGAAGUCAUUAAAGAGGAGGGAGAUGGUAUGUCUGCACUAUGGGAACAGGAACAUCAUCAGGACCAGCUGGAAAAUGCAGGAACCCAACCUCUCCAGCUGUUUAAUGAGGACGAGGAGGAUUUCAUGAUGGAUGGCUGGAGAAAUACAAAUCCGUUCCAUGACCAGAUGUUUGAAGAGAAUGUACAGUUGUCAGGUGUAAGAGAGGACACUUCUCUUUCCAUUGAAGAGUGCUUGCGCCUCAUUGAUGCCAACUUGCUUUCGGGAGAGGAUUCAGAGUUGCCAAGACCUGAUGCACAGAAUGUAGAAGAACAUGCACUUCAGUUUCAGAGGCCCCUUAUCUCUCCUUUGUUGCCCGAACAGAAUUCCACAUUCAGCUUAGAGCAACAAUGGCAAGAUGUUUUGGCCAUUGUGGAGUCACAGGAUAUGGAUACAACUGAAACAAUAGACAAUUCUCACCACAAUAUCAGUGACUCAAACCAGAAUAUUGGAUCCGUGGAAAACUUAGUACAUCAGGAUGUCAGCCUUCACCAAGCAACUCUACCAAGAUCCAGUGAAGGUCUUAACACAAACAGCAUCACCACGGAAGAAACCCGCUGUAUUAACAAUCCCUCCGUGGAAAACACCAGCUUUGAAAUGUCUUCUAAUGAAAAUUCCCUUUUUGAAGACUCUGAUAUUGUAGAUCUCCUCCUAACCCCUGGGCUGUCACUUAGUCAUUUAGAGCCUCUGCUGGAAGAAGCCAUGCUUGAUGAAACCAGCCUAAUGGAUUUGGCUCCUGGUGAAUUUAACCAAGCUCAAAUCCCCGAAUUUGAAGAGCACAAGCAAGCCGAUUCAGAUUCUGGUUUAUCUCUGGACUACAGCCCAAGUCCCAGUUCUCCCAGUGGGUCUGAAUCUUCUAGCUCCUCAUCUUCAUCAUCAUCAUCGUCGUGCCCUUCGUCACCCUCCAGCCCACUUCCCAAUUUGAUACCUGAAGAAGGGGCCGUGGGGUUCACUCACAUCAAGGAAGAAGAGGAGGAAGGGGCGAUUGGUGGCUUCAUGCCAGAAGAAACCAAAAUGUCUCAUACAAGUUUUUUGGAAGCCAAGCAGUUCCAUAAUCUCCCCUGGCUUGAGCACGUCGGACACGAUCACACCUACAACCAGCCUCGCACCUCGGUCCAGAAGAAAUCUCCAGAGCACUGUUUUGAUGACUCCCUAAUGCAGCUUGAACAGCUCUCCAAUCGGGACGAGAAACGCGCACGUGCGCUGAACAUCCCUUUCCCCAACGAGUUUAUCAUAAACCUACCUGUUGACGAGUUCAAUCAGCUACUAUCGAAAAAUCAUCUUACCGACGCCCAGCUCACGCUCAUCAGGGAGAUACGCCGCAGGGGUAAAAACAAAAUGGCCGCUCAGAACUGCAGACGAAGGAAGCUGGAUGUUUUGGUGGGAUUGGAGCGAAGCGUGGACGGCCUACGACGUCAUCGCGCCAGGCUUCUCCGAGAAAAUGCUGAGGUCUGUCGCUCGGUCAAAGAAAUGAAGCAACAUCUGAACAGCUUUUAUCAAGAGGUGUGUGAGAGACUGAGGGAGGAACAGGGAUCACUCUGCUCUGACUACGGCUUGGAGGAAGAUGACAACAGCCCAGUUGGACUUGUUUCGCGUAGAUCCGAUUCACACUCCAGACGCAAACUCAGUAAGAGAAGAAAAGAAAAGAAGUGAGGUGAUGUUUGGUAGUCCUGCGUGAUGGACAAGAUGAAAACAGCCUCAGAGGAAAUGCUCUCUGCUGUCAGGUCUACCUGCUGGUUUUUCUCAGCCUAAAGGGUUGGAGAAUUCUCAGGAACCAAAGUAUUCAAACAUAUCAGCCACUUUUCGUGAAAGAUUAAGUUGCUUAGGACAAAACUUUGGCUUUGUACCUUAACAUGGCUCCCACCACAUGAAUACAGUUCCUUCCCUAAUAACAAUUUGCUUGGUUUGCAACUUUAUUUAAAAGAAAAUAUACCGUGAAACAGUACGAUUAUUCUCUUGAUUUGCAUAGUAAAAAAUUCUGAAUUUGAGUAAUUUAAAAAAUAAAUUGAAUUUUUAAAGCAAAGUCAAUUUCAGAAGUUCGAGCUGUCUGGUUUAUCGAGUUACUGUAAAGCAAAGAAAGUUGUACAUAUGUGAAAAGACCUGUUCUGAUUCCAUUAAUAUUGUAAAGUACUUGUAAAUUAUAUUACUUUUUUUAAUAAAUUGUUUGUAAUACUUUGCAGUGAAUUUUUCUUGGUGACAAGCUGGGAUUGUUCUCUUUUGUUUUAAUUAAAAGCUAUUUAUUGUCCAGUG